AACUGUGCAAAUAUUUGAAGCUUUUUAACAUUUAAAAGUUAGAUUUUGUUAUUUUUCUGGGCUGAGGAUUAAGUCAUUUUGAUUUUGAUUUUAUACAACUGAAAUUAAGAAUGAACCUGGAUUACAAUGGACAGAGCAAAGCCAGGUCCAUCAGACUGACCACGCCUACAGGAAGUAACAACAGCUGAUAUACGUCACGUCCCCACCAACACUGGUGACAGUUCUGAAGAUGGUUUGCAGCGAGCAGCCGAAACAUGUGAACAAGAUCCAGAGUGAUGAGUUUCAUUGAUGGGAACGACUAAAGAAAAACUCUGCAAUAAUGAGCGGAGAAGUGCCAUGGACUCAGACCUGGACUCAAAGGUCACGAUAAGGAAAUACUGACAUAGACUUACUUCAUCGUUGCAUCAAGCGUCCAAAGGUAGCCCCAGCACCUGUUGGUCGCUCACUUGAAGCGUGUAGCCCUGAGGGAGAGAGCAGAUCAGAUGUGACAGCCGCCAUGUUCAGACCACGCAGGCUUAGCAUCUGCUCUGACCUUUGACCCCUGUCUGCGGUGGGCAUGUAUAAGAUCUGCCAGCAUGCAGUCCUGUCUCAUUUUCCUCGGCUUGUUCCUGUCCGUGGCCAGAUCCCAAGACACCCCCCCCUCCGAGGCCUCAUCCUCCUCUCUCAGCGAAUCCUGCGACUCCCUGUGUUCAUGCGAGGGCAAAGAUGGCGUUCUGUAUUUGAACUGUGAGCAGCGGAACAUAAGCAAAAUCUCCCAAAUCAAAGUCCCGGCAGGCGUACCCUUCCACCUGAACCUCUACAAAAAUGACUUGGUCGAGCUGCGCGCUGAAGAGAUGGAAGGGCUUAAGCACGCCCUCUCACUGCACAUCGGGGGUAAUAGCAUACAAGAGUUGGAGCCGGGGGUCUUCAGCUCUCUCGGAUCACUGAAAAAACUCCACAUAAACAGCAAUUUCCUCGUAACCCUGAAAGAGGACACGUUUCAAGGCCUGGUGAAUCUCGAGUUCCUACAAGCCGAUACAAAUUUCAUCCGGGUCAUCGAGCCGGGGGCCUUCAACAAACUGAUCCGUCUCAAAGUCCUGAUCCUGAACGAUAAUUCCAUUGAGUUUUUGCCCAACAACAUCUUCCGCUUCGUGCCCCUCACCCAUCUGGACUUACGGGGGAAUAAGCUUCAGACUCUGCCCUAUGUCGGCUUCCUGGAGCACAUUGGUCGCAUUAUGGAACUACUGUUGGAAGACAAUGAUUUUGUUUGCGAUUGUGACAUUUUGCAUUUGAAAAUCUGGAUGGAGAACAUGCGAGCGCAGUCGGCGAUAAGCGAUGUGGUCUGUAGUCAUCCGCAUCAGCUUAAAGGAAUCAUUCUGGCUAAAGUUAAGCGGGAUGUCCUGUGCCCCUCCCAUGCUGAAAUCAAUUUGGAGGAGCCUUCCAAGUCACUGGAUAUGGUAGUCACCCCUUCGUCUAAACUGAAUCAGAUUCCCAAACAAAGUGACGCCAAAGACGACUCCAAAAUUCCUACUCCGUCUCACCUCCCGGGCAGCCCCUGUGUGGAGUUCUGUGCUUGCCACAAUCAUCCCGUGACAGGAUUUUUGAUGCAUUGUCAAGACCGGGGGAUCCAAGAGGUUUCGGAUAUCGGAAUACUCCAGCAGAGCCCCACUAAGCUGGUCAUGACUGGGAAUAUGAUCCAAAAGUUGCGCAAGUCGGACUUUGUCACUUAUGAUAGUUUGGAGCUGCUGAACCUUGCCAACAACAGAAUUGACUACAUAGACAAUGAAACUUUUCUAAGCUUGAGUAGUCUGAAAAAACUGUAUUUGAAUGGCAACAGAAUUGAAAAACUGUUCUCUACGAUGUUCGUUGGACUGCACAAUCUUGAAUUCCUAUACCUGGAAUACAACCUUAUCAAAGAGAUCGCUCCUGGCACCUUUAACCCUCUCCCAAAUCUCAAACUGCUGUCUUUGAAUAACAAUCUCCUUAGCUCUCUUCCGCCUCAGAUUUUCCGAAACGUCCCUCUCAACAAAUUAAACCUGCGUAAAAAUCUGCUCAUGCAUCUGCCAGUGAGUAACGUCCUAGACCAACUCAACUCCCUGGAGCAGAUAUAUUUAGAGGACAACCCAUGGGACUGCAGCUGCGACUUGCUUAGCUUGAAACAAUGGGUUGAGAAACUGAAAAGAGACACGGUGGUCGGCUCCAUUUUGUGCCACACGCCAAAGAAAGUGGUACAGUCCGAACUGAGGAGUCUCCGCCACGAGAUGCUAUGCCCCGGGUUGGGGACCUAUUACCCGGAUGGGGAGGAAGUUGUCACGGCGACGCUUGGACCCGACAACAGCAGAGGUGGUUUGUUUAGCACCUUGACUGAGACUGUACCUUUGUCCGUGCUAAUUCUGAGCAUGCUAGUGUUUAUUUUGUUGAUAAUCUUCUGCUCUGCCGGACUGGUGGUUUUCGUCGUGCACAGAAGAAGGAGGAGAGCUAAAAGAAAGGCUUUGGAAGAGCAACCUCGUGAGAAUUCAAGUAGCAGUCCGAUCCACUUACACUAUAGCAUGUACGGACAGAAGACUACCCAUCAUACUCUAACGCAACGAACAGGGCCUUCCACUUUGUACGAAGAGAGAUCGCACAGUCCGAUCGUCCAAAUCUGUCGCAAUCCUACUUACUGCGCCCAACAUAAAGAGCACGAAUCCGAUAUGGAUUACAGCCUGGAAGAUCCCGGAGUGAAACAUCAAGUUUGUCGGAGUAUCAUGGAAAAGGAGAACACGUCCCCCCUCACCGGAAACCCAAAGUACAGGUCAUUGCCAGGAGAGUGCCCCGCGGAGUUUGUCACACUCGCGAAUCCAAAUUCACUUUACAGGAACAUUUUGGAGCGGGAAAAGGAGCUACAGCAACUGGGAAUAACAGAAUACCUUCGGAAAAACAUGCCCCAGCUUCAGUCGGCGGUAGAAAUGCAGGUCCCCGGACAUCAGGAGGAGUUAAAAUUGAUGGAGACGAUUAUGUACACAAGACCUCGCAAGGUGAUGCUAGAGCAAACUAAGAAUGAGUACUUUGAACUCAAGGCAAACCUGCACACUGAACCGGACUAUUUGGAGGUUUUGGAGCAUCAAACUCCUUUUAACUAAAACAGACAAUACUACAAUUAUUAUUAUGAUAUUGUUCCAAACCAAGUGCCUUGUCCUGUUUGCUUCUUUCCACAGUGUGAGAUAUAUACCAUGGGCACAUCACUUAUGUUUAAGUAGCACAGAAUGUAACUGGUUUUACCUGUGUAAUCUUUCACGUCAACCCCGCUACGUAGCUGGUGAAGAGUGUUCAGAUCUGGUCAAAUACUGUAUACUGACAAGGUAUAACAUUUUGACCACUGCAAAGAAAGUAUCAUUGCAUCAUACCUGAAAGUCAAUUUGGUAUGUUAUUAUAUAGUAAUUAGAGAUGUGUUCAAAUUACCAAAUGUAUUAGUUUUUUGAGAAAGCUGGAAAACUCUAAGGAAGGGCCCAUAAUACGACAUUUUCAGAUCGACGUUAAUGUUGUUUCCUCAUCAAAAUCAUACCCGGAGUUUUGUUUUGUUUCAUUCACACAUGUUUAGCACACAAAUCUUGCAUAUUUAGGCCGAGUUCUUCUCUCAAACUAGAAGCACUGUUCAAACUUGCGAUGUGUGCUACACUGUGUUUUUAAAGUCUAUACAACAUCGUCACUAGAAUUAUUUUUGGUGAUUUUAGCCCUGGAGUUGCAAAUCUCUACUGAACAGAAAGGUAAAACAAAGAUUUAACUUGAGAACUACAGCUUCAUGACAUCACAAGGUGGGACAGUAUUGUGAGCUUUGGAGAUAUAGACCAGAGGUGGGACCAAGUCUUUGUUUUGCAAGUCUCAAGUAAGUCUCAAGUCUUUAACCUCAAGUGCAAGUCAAGUCCCAGGUCACAUACAGGCAUGUCCAAGUCGAGUCUCGAGUCAC